AUGGAACUUCAAUUCCAACCACAGCAGCAACUGCAUCAACAAGGAGAGCUUUCUGUUAAUAAAGGAAACAAAAUCAAGGGGAGAGGAAAGACCAGUGGCAACAAGAAGUUUGUUGGAGUAAGACAAAGACCUUCUGGGAGAUGGGUAGCAGAGAUCAAGGACACUACACAGAAGAUAAGGAUGUGGCUUGGCACAUUCGAGACCGCGGAAGAAGCUGCUCGAGCAUACGAUGAGGCCGCCUGCCUUCUUCGGGGAUCCAAUACUCGCACCAAUUUCAUCACCCAGGUCUCCUCCAAUUCCCCUCUCGCAUCCCGAAUUAGGAACCUCCUUAAUCAUAAGAAAGGUCUAAACCAGCAGGUUAAUAAUACCUCCUACAGUACUAACAACAAUACCACUACCACCUUCACAACUACACCACCUUGUACUAAUAGUACUGGGACUAUUAUUAGUACUAAUAGCAGCAGUAUCAAUGAUGGUUGCGUCUCUUAUGAGAAGAUUCAGGGGAAGCAGAUAUCUGAUGAUGCAUAUAGACCAGAUUUAAGCAAUUGUAGCAAACACUUUGAUCUGGGUUCUUCACAGUCUGAACUCUCAUGCAUAUUUAGUCCAGCAUUUGAUCGGUAUCCAGUGACCCAAGGAGGGUUGGAAUUGCCAAAAAAUGUUGGCUUUCCUGAGACACAGGAAUCAAACAUUAUGGACUUGGAAAGGAUGAGAGUAGAGAGACAGAUAUCUACAUCACUCCAUGCAAUGAAUGGGGGGGUGCAAGAAUACUUGGGUACUGUUCAUGAUUCAACUGACGCUUUCUGGGAUCUCCCCCCUCUCUGUCAGUUGUUCUGUUCAAUUUGA